AUGGCACCUGCCUCUAGAAAAGUUGCACCUACUGCUGAGCAGAGUGCUGCUAGUAAUGGGGGAGACACCCGCCAGAACGGUCGCAAAGCUGUGGCCACAGCCAACGGCAAGGGUCACCGUAAUAGGGUUGACCCCAACGACACCGCAGGCGGAGAGCGAGCCGGCCUUUCCUUGGGGAUAUCCAUUGCGGUCCUCGGGUUCCUGGGUUUAGCGGCAUCUCUGGCAGCCUCACCCUCGCAGAAGCAUGUCGGUCUUGCGCAACCUGGCACUUACGCGGUUUGUUCCGCGGGGGGACCAAGCAUUUACACCGUCGAUAAUGACAAUUCUCGAGUGGCGUGCAUCUCCAUCGCGAAAAACCGCAUUCAGGCUGUCGGUUCUUUGGGUCAGUCGAUUCGCCUUCUAGGACAUGUAACAAAAUUCUCAUCCGCCGUCCCCCUCAAAGGCCAUAUUCGUUUUAAAUGGUAUACGUCCUCCUUUAUCACAAAUCUUUUACAGGGCUCGCCCCAGUUCCACCUCCCUGUCCACUACAUUCCUCCCGGUGCAAUAGUUAUUCCCGGUAUUAGCGACUCGCACGCACACAUCCUUGAGUUUGGGGCCACCCAACAACUCCCUUUGGAAGGAACUAAAUCGGUGGAAGAAACCGUUGCCCGAGUCCGCAACUUCGAAGCACUGGAGAAUGACCCCAUUCUGCGAGGUCGUCCGAUCAUUUUACAGAGCAAAGACUGCCACGCCCUUUGGGUCUCUUCAGCCGCCCUCAAACCGAGCUUGCCCCUCCCAGACGAAGUGGAAGGCGGGGUAAUCGUCCGUGAUCAGAAUAACCAGCCGACUGGCGUGCUUCUGGACAACGCCCAGGACUUACUCAAACAACCAAAGCUUACCCAGGAGGAUCUUUUGCGUCGAUUCAAAGUCACGGUCAGAGAGGCUCACAAGCAUGGACUGACGUCGAUCCAUGAUGCGGGGUUGGACCCCAUCUCUCUGGAAUUCUUUCAUAGCCAAGCAGAAAAGGCACCUCUACCGAUCAGGAUUUAUGGAAUGAAGUACUUCAAUGAAACCGUUGGGUACAGCCCAGGGAGCUACCCUAUUGACCUUCCGGAGAAACGGCUCAGCAUUCGGAGCAUGAAGAUUUUUGCUGAUGGUGCACUCAGGACGGGAGGUGCCGCUCUUUACGAACCCUAUGCGGACAAUCCAUCCACAAGUGGAUUUAUGAGAAUCGAAAAGUCCCUUCUUUACGACGUUAUCCCUAAAUUCUUGAGCAACGGAUGGCAGGUGAACGUACAUGCGAUCGGUGAUAAAGCUAACGGCAUCAUCUUGGAUGUUUUCGAGUCCGCCUUGAAGGGUAUUAACGUCACUGCAUUGAGGCCCCGCCUCGAGCAUGCGCAGAUGAUGACCAAGGAGGACAUGGUUCGACUAGGAAAACUUGGAGUCAUCGCCAGUGUACAGCCUACCCAUGCAAUUAGCGACAUGUGGUAUGCCGAAGACCGAUUGGGUCCGGUCAGGGUUAAGCAACUCUACGCCUUCCGAUCUAUCAUCGACAGCGGGGCCAGAAUCACCCUCGGUUCAGAUUUCCCAGUGGAAGCUAUAAACCCUCUCUCAGGGUUCUAUGCCGCCAUUACCCGCUUGUCUCUCGAAGGAACGUCCCCCCACGGUCCACAGGGCUGGUUCCCGGAAGAGCGGCUAACCCGUGAAGAGGCGCUCCGAGGAAUGACUAUCGACCCAGCCUACGCAUCGUUCACAGAGUCCGAAUUGGGCUCCCUCGAGGUGGGGAAAUUGGCCGAUUUUGUCGUUCUCUCGGCGGAUAUCAUGUCCAUUCCCGAAAAUGAGAUUAUGGCCACCAAAGUGCUCGCCACUGCCAUUGAUGGUGACGUGGUUUAUGGUAAACUCUAG